AUGGUCCUCCUCUCUGAAGAGUGCGCACGCAUUUUAAAUUGCCCUCUCAAAUCCCUGAGGGAGCAGCUCUUUCACCCUAAAAAUAGAAUUUUAAUUUUGAAGGAGCUUUUGGUGCGCAAAGUACAUACAACUUAUGAGGACAGAAAUGGGCAUAUAAAAACGUUCAAAAUUGGAGGGCUCUCGAAAUAUGGAGCAAAUGUUACACAGGCUUAUGGGCGCCUCCCUCGACCUUUCAAUAUUUCUGUGGCUGCUCAUUUUUAUGCACGUCAUCGAAUCCGACUCCAACAUCCAUUCCUUCAUUGUAUUAUUGAAAGAUUUCCACGCCACAUGGAAAAUCGCUACUACCCUCUUGAACUUCUUGAACUUGUUGAGGAGGAGCAAAGUGAACGAUCAACUCCGUCUACACUCAAACCUCUUAUAUUUCUAUGUGGCUCAAGUUCAGAAGAAAAUGAAGAAGAGGAACUUUCAUUGUGUGAACUUAGUCUAGGUUGGUAA